AUGGCGCCUCGCAGAAAAGCCACUCCCGGGGGUGCUGGACCUCCCAGUAAGCGCUCCGAUGCCAGUGGCCCUGGUUCCGUAAAGCCUACCAGGUCUUCUCGCAAGUUGACACUAUCCGCCAAGGCCGCUGCCGGUGUUGAUGACGGUGUCAAGCCCGCUCACGUUAUAUCCAUUCCUAAGUCUCGCCCUCUACCGUCCGAUGUAAAUGAACGCACCAUUGUAGAAACCGACAGCGAUUCUGAAGCAGCCGUUGCCUCGACCCCGGAUAAGGCUCCCGCGAGUGCUGUAAAUCCGGCCGGAUCCAGCGGCAAGCGAAAGAAAGUAGUGCUUAGCGAUGGCUCUGAGCCUGCCUCGCCUGUGUUGCCCAAUCACUCGCCCAAGAAGAAGAAGACUGUGUCGGUUAAAUCUCCGAUCACUAAGCGUGUUGUACGUGUGGACGUACCUGUAGCACCCGUUACACCUCCUAGGCUUCGCAAAAAAUCGACUCGUGCGGUUGCUGUUGCAAAGAAGGAGCCUGCCAGUGAUAUGGAAGACGACUCCGACUCGGAGGCGGAGGCGGAGGCGGAGGCGGAGGCGGAGGAUGGUUACGUCAGUGUCGACGGUCAUACCGCCAUUGCUGAACAAUCUGACACAGUUGAGUAUGAGAUGGAGUAUGUCGACCCCGACGAGCCAACCGUCUCCGAUCAAGACUUCAUCGACGACGCCCCCCUUGAUGACGACUACAAUGUACAGGACAUGUCCGCCGAUAGCGAAGCUGUUGCGGUACUUUCCGAUGAUGCAGUAGAGUAUGUAUCCGAUGAUAACGACGGGGUGCGUGGUGUUGCUAUUGACGAAUGUGUGCAAGAUGAUCAGGAAUACGACGUUGGUAGUGACGGUGCCUCCUUGCCUCCUGCGAGCGAGCCACCCAGUCCAAAGAAGAAAAAGAAAACUCGUGUGGCGGUUGUUCUGGAUACGGAAGAAGAAGAAGAAGACAGCGAAGUUGAGUUUGUAGACGAGUCACCGCCCCGUUCGCGUGCUCGUGGUUCCUCGGGCACAAUAACUACACCUUCUACACCCAAGAAACUCCACACUGCUCCUAGAGGACCUGCCGGUACCUCUAAGAGACCUCCGUCCACGCCUGUUAGACUCGCUGCUGGUCCCAACCGGUUGAAUCCUUCGCCAACCAAAGGUUCUACCAAGACUCCUGUCCAAGUUUCUCCAAGCACUACUGGGCGUGCGUCUGCUUCUAAGCCUCUGUCGAAGUCUCGUCCGUCAUCCAGUACCAAGGUUAACUCUUCUGGCUCCGUCACCAAAGUCGUCCCUAGCCCGGGCAAGUUGGACAAAGGGAAACGUAAGGAUAUUGGGUCGAUUAAAGAGCAAGGUGCUCUCAGUCCUCACAGGAAUAACACGUCUACCGGUACCUGCCAGGUUACCAAUCUCAACGACAUGGAUCCGGAACUGAUCAAUACCUAUCGUGACCUGUACCCCUUGAAACGGGCGUACAUUGCGUCUGCUGCCGGUAUCAGCGUGAUGUUGACGCCCCUCUCUUGGUUGUCUGACGGUACCUACGGUGAUAAGCCUAUUAACGUCGGCCUACUGAAGGACGUCAUUACCUUCACCCAAUGUGAAGGACUGAAGUUCAUCAAUCCAGCUAGGUUCCCUCCCUCUCGACUGGGCUCCGUCCGUGCCAAUACGACCUCAUCCAUCACCUACAAUCUUACCACCAAGGAAUUGCCAAUGGGUCCGGUAUCUUGUGUCACAUUUGGUUCCGUUGUGGACAGUCAUCUCUUCCAUCCCCGGGUCGCCGUUACCUCUGCUACACACAGUAUCACUAUCCUUCCCCUACACUGCGAAUGGGAACGUACCUUGUCCUGUAUAGGUAAUGCUCUGGGUGAGAGGGCCUUGUCUCAUUUCAUCUAUUUGAAUGGCGUAUCUUUCCAGGGUCAAUGGGCAAAACCUACGGAGGAAAUAAAGAAGGCAUGGGAGGAAGAACAGAACGGUUCUAUCCUUCCGGUCUACGUCCCUCCGAAGCACGCGUUGGCGGUUUCCUCGGCAUCAUCCGGAACCGCUCCUGCACCUGGGCAACCCACGUCUUCGAACAGAGGGCUUGUUGGCCAAGGUCCUCCUUCCAUACCUUACUCGUCUAAGAUUCCUGUUUUCGACUGCACCAGGUUCUUUCAACCUCGACGUGGUGAUUUUGCCACCAUGACAUCCCUGGUCGACUUCUUUUCUCAGGCUGGAGCAGACCUUUGCCCUCAGAUUUCAGGAGGUGAACUUCGCAAACAAUCCUUUGUUGCCGUCUGUUAUGGGGUGAACAAGUGGCGUAAACCGGAUGCUCAGGAGCAUGUGCCUUUCGGAUUGGGUUUUAACAUUCGCGCUGUGUACCUGUUGAUCAACGGUCCAAAGGCCUGA